CCAGGCCCAAAAUGAAUGUGCGGAAGGCCCACAGAUUCUAGGCCCAUUAAUCGCUGCCCAUUAUCUCCUCCUCCACAGGCAAGUCAUGUAAAAGAUUGUCGCGUCUUUCUUUGGUCGCAGGAAAUCGCAAUGGAAACUCUGAGCUCCUCUGCUGCCUUCGUCUCUUCUUCGUCUUCUCCUCUCUCCUUCUUUUCCCCGAAGAGAAAGGAUUCUCCAAUCAGAAUCCUCCGCUUCCAUACUUCUUCCAAAAAAAAUGAAAAUGAUUCUGAUCUUCGAUCUGACUCCAAUGAUUCUAGCAUCGUCCCCUUCUUUAGCAAUCCUACCCUAUCCAAGGAUGCAGCUAUGGGAUUGGUUUUGAGUGCUGCUUCUGUCAGAGGCUGGACUACUGGUUCCGGCAUGGAAGGGCCUCCGGUUCCUGCCGGAGCCGAUGAAGGAUCGAAUACAGAGAAGGUUUCGACCUUACCAUGGUCUCUCUUCACCAAAUCGCCGCGUAGGAGAAUGCGCGUCGCCUUUACCUGCAAUGUUUGCGGUCAAAGGACCACUCGCGCUAUCAAUCCACACGCCUAUACCGACGGCACUGUUUUCGUUCAGUGCUGUGGAUGUAAUAUUUUUCAUAAGCUGGUGGACAAUUUGAACCUGUUUCACGAGAUGAAGUGCUAUGUGAAUCCUAGCUUCAAUUACAAAGAUGCAAAAUGGGAUGUUGGAUUCAAGUUGUUUGAGAUGGAUGAUGAGGAUGAUAGAAAUGAUGUGUUCCCAAUCUAAGAGGUGAAAGUGAUAUUAAAUGUAAAUUCGUUUCUUAUACCGGAGCUGAUUUGUAUUGUGAUUGUAUAUAGGGUCUGUCUUUCAUACUUGGAUUGUGGAUAUUUAUAAUGGAAAAAUAGAACAAUGCUUGUUUAAUAUUGAAAAUUCUGCUAUAGUAUUCAAAACCUAAUUUCCCAAAAUGGAUAGAAGUUCUCCUCUUGUUUUCUUAGAUCACUUUUCGUUUUUGAUAUUUCCGAGUUCUCUUGAACUUGAGCACCUUCUGGCUUGUGUUCUAGAAGGUACAUGCAUUUGAUUCAGAUAAAAAUUAACCUUUUUGUCUUGAGUGAAAUGAAUUAAAGACGAGAAAACGAAAGUCUUGUUGAAAAGAUUAUUUAUCUUCUUACAAUUUUUUAAUUGCAUAGGUGUUUCUUAAAGGCACUUUUGCUAGCAAAAUAUAUGCUUCUAGUGGAUAUUGAUGCAUAUUGUUUUAGAACAACUUGUGAUAAGAGUGUUGGAGAUGGCUUUUUUUUUUAAAACUGAUUGGAUAGUAAAUGUUAUCUCGGUGUUUAUGUUGAUAAUUAGCAGUUUUUCCACCUUACCUUUGAAUAGAACCUUUGAACUUUGUUCCAUAUGGUUGAUGUGUUGUGUUGGAAUGUAUAGAUAAGAUAGCUAAGGGGCCAUACUUGCUUGCAAGACAUAUGAAUUAAAGUUGAGUAAAGAUGCAAUAGUAAUUUUGGUAGCAUUUACAGUUUCAGAUUAAGAAUGAAGCUGUUACUCAUGGUACAGGCAGUGCCAUUGAUUUAAGUACCAUGUCUUUGGAAAAUUAUGUUAAUAGGGAAGAUGUUGGUGAUAUUCUGCAAUGCUAGGUCAUGAUUUUGGUUUAAUGAAUGAUCUACCAGUAUAUUCAUGUGGCCUUAUUUUUGUGACCCAUUGUCUUCUGUUGAACAAUGUUUAGAUUGAAAAGCUUUUCUUGAAGCAGGAAUAGGGAGAACUAGAAAAUUACGUUGUCUUAAUGGGGGACUUUUGGAAAUUGGGACUUGAUGUGCCUUUUCCUUGGCAUAAGCCUUGAAAACAAUUGAAAUGUCUUGCAACUCCUAGAUAAACCUGCAUCUAUACAUAAGCAGUAAAUUAGACCCACCAAUGUGGUUGCAGUCUUUGAAUGACUGAUAUUUUCUUCUCUGAAUCUAUAUGGAGUAUGGACUACGGAGUACAUUCCUUCCCACUCCUCCCCCCCACCCCCCGGGCCCGCCUCUCUCCUUCACUUUCACCAUCUCCUAUGCAGCAGAAUUUCCAUUUUGAACAGAACAUUGUUUUUAAGAAGUCAAACUAGAUAACUAUAGCUCUAAGUCUGCUACCUUCUUUUGGGUAUCUUUUGGAUGGUGAUGCGUGCCUGGUGAUGAAAAUAGGAUUUUAUAUAUUGUGAUUUCGCAGUGAUAUAAAAUUGAAGUGAAGAAAAUUUGCUUUGUUGGCUUUGUUUCUUUUUUGACAUCAAUGAAUGCGCAAUCUGGGAGAGAAAUGGUUAUUAAUAUUCUGUAGUCGUAGGCAAUUCUUAUUUUUUAUUCAGGGAAUGAAGUCUUCAUAAAAGUUAAAUACAAAAGGUAACUUUCAUAACAUCACAUGGUUAAAUGUGCUAUUGCUUACAUAUGGUCUCGACCUUGGAGAUUUCAUUUCGUUGCCUCUGGUAGUAUUAUGAUCUCUUCGUAUGACCAGUUUUCCUGAAUGCACUGUCUAGUAUUUCCCUCAUGGGUUAUAGAAUCGUCUUUUUUGGCAAGGAUAUUUGCCCUGUCUGCUUGCCGAUGACAGCAGAGCCGCAUCCGAGGUUGCCAUGGUUAAAAUAUCUAUUUCACAAAUGUCAGCUGCACCACAUGUUUGCUAGUUUUUAGAGCUUAGGAUGGAACGAAAUUAUAGAUAUGGACAUAAAUAGCUGCAUCUGCGGAGGACAAAACCACGCAUAUGUUAACAUGUGGUAAUUUUUCAUUAUGCUCCCUAUACUUGUUUGAUUGUACAAUGAUGAUCCAAAAUUUCAGCCUCCAUUUGUUUUUCACAAGUGAUAAUUGCAUUUGCAUAUGAGCUGGGUAUGCUAAUCAUAUGAAAGGCUGGCGUUGAACAUAAAGUCAACUAUUAGAAGCUUUUUUUUUCCCCCUUGAUUAACUCUUAGCUCACUUAAGAAAGCCAUCAAUUUUUAUGUUUUUUUUUCUCAUUGUUAUUGCAUUUAAUAUGGAGGUUAAUAACAGGAGUUCAGCUGAUCUUCAGGUUGAAGUAUCUAUUCCUUCAUUUGUUGGUGGUAUCAACAUGUGCAGGCACAUUUGAUGAUUAAUCAAAUGGAAAUCAGGCUUAAUUUCCCAGGAAAAUUAGUAACAGUAAAAUUGUGUGAAUUUAUAUAUGCAUGCAAAAAAAAUUUUUGCAUGCUCUUUGAAGAUUUCUGUUUAGUUCGCAUAGAAAGAAAGGCGAUGAUAUUUUUUUCAGUAUUUUUUUUUUAAUUUUUUUUUGCCAAAUCAGUUUUUUUUAUAAAAUUUAAUCAAGGAUAAUAUAGCUAUUUCAUAUUUCAUUAACAGUUCUUUUAGAUGGAACAAUUUCAAUUUUGAAAAACUAAAUAUAGGAUGAAACUCUCUUUUUUUUUUUUCAAAUAAAUGAAUAUCUAUAUUAAUUUUGACAUAAAUUAGAGAUUAAAAAGUAAUUUGUAACUAUCUAUGAUUGUGGGCACCUUAGUUUGCGGUCAAUAAUCUCUUCUUAACGAUUCCUAACGCUCGUAACAAGGGUGCUUUAAUUUUUCGGGUCCUAACAUCGGAGCAACUUGGCCAUAGCUGGUAAGGAUGAUAACAAUCCAAGGCCUAAACAACCAGUAGAAGCAGGACUACAUUCAAGCCACGUCACGAAUGGACAUCCUGUGUAGCCAAUAGGAGCAAUCCUUAGCAGAUAACAUGCUCUCUGCCCAUUCACUUGCAAUCCAUUAUCUACUCACGUAUCCAUCCCAAAAUCUGAACCACACAAAAGAGAAGAUCUCAGCCUCACCCUCUCUCCUUCACUACUUUAAACUCCAACCUCUCUUUCCUUCUCCAUUUGAUUGCUUCCAUCACAGCACAAGCAAAGUCCUGCAAAAAAAACAUAGAAACAAGGCUUCAACAAUGGCCACCGUCACCUCUGCAGCUGUUGCCAUCCCGUCAUUCACUGGUCUUAAGGCUGCCAGUACCACCACCACAGCCAAAGUUAAUGCAGGUGCCAAGGUUACGGCUUCUUCAGUCCCAAAGCUCGCCAUCAAGGCUUCAAUGAAGGACGUGGGUGUUGCUGUUGUAGCUACUGCAGCAAGUGCAAUGCUCGCUAGCAAUGCCAUGGCCCUUGAGAUCUUGCUUGGAGCUGAUGAUGGGUCACUGGCUUUUGUUCCCAAAAAUUUCUCUGUAGCUUCCGGGGAAGAGAUUGUGUUCAAAAACAAUGCUGGCUUCCCACACAACGUCGUUUUCGACGAGGACGAAAUUCCAAGUGGGGUAGAUGCGUCUGCAAUCUCCAUGCCGGAAGAAGAACUCCUGAAUGCCGCUGGAGAGACAUAUAAAGUUACAUUGAAGGAAAAAGGCAGUUACGCUUUCUACUGUGCCCCUCACCGGGGAGCUGGCAUGUCCGGAAAUGUCACCGUUAACUAAACUCCACCGUAGGGUCCGGUUAUAUCAUCCCGUAUUCCUCUUGUUUCCGAGGUAGAAGAGUUCAUAAAUCUUGCAUGGUGUGAACCCAACUUGUAAUAUCCUUGUAAUUUCGCUUUUAUAAUUUGACAUUUGUAUUUUGUAUUGGCCAA